AUGAUGGAUUGCAAAAUGCGGUCGCUCUCUGAACCCUUCAAUGCUGGAAAUUACAAGCUGGAGCUCCGGGGAAGAAUUAUAAAUAGAAGGAGCUCAGCUAAAGGAAGGUCGCAGUCAGUACCUCACCUUAUCCUCUCUUUGUCCCUCCCUUCCACUUUCCCCCGUCGCAUCCUCGUGUCCCUCCGUUCCUCAGCAGCAGUUUCUCUUGUUGUUUCUCAUCCUGACGGAUACCUCUUCAAGACAGAGAUGGCACUAAACCCAUCUCCACGAAAGCAUGUCGUACCCCUGGCAAGUGGGGACGAACCAAGGUCCCGAACUUCGUCUACAACCGCAAAUGUCACCAAACGUGUAUUUUACUGUGGAGUAGUGGUUGAAGGCUCAGAGAACGGGAGGAGGCUGCCGGAUGAAAUUCAGGACCUCGUUCUAUCUCUCGGAAAUCCGCUACCUUCAGAUUCGUCAGGAGACUUGCUCUCUGGGCCGUCUGAGUCCACUAUGAAUGAAAUAGAUAAGGCCGCUCAACGCAAACGGGCGCUCCUCGAUCCCGCAGCACUAGCCUCUGUCGUCAACGAACUUGUUACCAGCGAGAGAUCAUACGUCAAGCGACUGCAAAUCCUCAAAAACGACUACGCAGAUCCUCUUCGAAACUUCGCUCGCAGCAAGGAUACGGCUAUUAUCCCUGCAUACGAGGCGAAGACGCUUUUUGGGAAUAUAGACAACCUGCUUCCCGUUAACGAAGCCUUCUUAACGGAUUUGGAGAAGAUGAUCGCACCCAAUGGUCUUAAGUCGGUUGGAGGCGUCGGGGACGUAGCACUGCGACAUUUCAAGGAACUAAGAGGGUUUGAACAAUACAAGCAAUACUAUGUCAAACGAGAAGAUGCGCAGGCCAUUUUUGAGAAGGAGGUUUCCAAGAGGUCGUCAAGGUUUGCUUCAUUUAUUGACCACAUCAAAUAUCAAUCUACUGAUGCAAGAAACCGCGUAGGACUCCGCGAGCUACUUAUGGAGCCUGUUCAACGAAUACCCCGUUAUACGCUCCUCUUUCGCACCAUGCUCAAACACAUGUCUCCAGACGACCCGCAACGCGCAAAAAUUAUCGAAGCAGAUGAAAUUGCCAGCAAGAUUGCGCAAGCGGAGACCGACGAACAAACUAAACGUGCUGCAAUAUUCUAUUGCCUGAUCGCGACCAUUGAUGGAUUUCCGCCGGAGCUUUUCUCCAACUCUCGCAAAUUUAUUGACUGCAUUGACGUCGAAGAUAUCAUGACCGAUUCCCCGGUAUCUUCGAAUGCGUCGUCUACGAGCGUGUCUGCGACCUCAUUGCAUUGCACGCUAUUUCUCUUCGACGACAAACUCGUCAUUGUGAAACGUCCAGGAAAUGGUGAAAAGGGUGGGAGAAUGCUGUCAGGAUUGGAUGGUGUCGACAAGGUUACGAAGGCUGGCGGCAUUCCGACAGGAAAGAAGAAGAGUGGAAUGACCUGCAAGGGCGUCGUCGACAUUCUGGAUGUGGUUGUAACGGACAUUGGAGGUGCUGACAUCAAUCUUUUCCUGGAGAAUCCCCCUCAAGACCAGAGUGAACGGUGGUCGGGACGUCCUUUCCGCUCAUUGUCCGUGGUGAAUCCACCGAUGCCCAUCAACUUCGAUCCAUCUCAAACACAGAUCGAGAAGCAGCGGUUUCUGGAAAACCUGUGGAAGGUUCAGGCGAACUAUCGUGCCAGGGCUGGUCAAUCCGUUGUUCUCUGCGCUGAUGAGCAGGAAGUCGAAUCACGGUCCGGCAGACUAAUUCUCGCUCGAACAUAUUAUAAUGUGUACCAACGAACAGCCUUCCUCCAGGAACCAAAGAAGACCAAGGUGGUGGUACAUAUCGACCGAGACCGCUAUGCAUCCGCUGAUCCAAUACCUUUUGGAGCGGGGGGGCCACCAUUUGUCGUCAUUCGGGUGCAGCUUAUGGACGGAGGACUUUGCCGGUAUUCGGUUACAUCGAGCGAUCCUAACGAUGAAGGUGAAGAAGAUGUCGUGCAAACCAUGCGGGUGCCUUCUCGAGUUGUUCAGACGAUCCAUCAGUUCGGUUUGUUUGAGUUCAAGACAGGCAGAAAUUCCAUUCCUUCAACACCAACCGCCAAAUCAAAGGUCGCUAUCUUUGGCCUGGACGCAAUUUCUCGCAAUUUGUUCAACGGCCGACCAGGAUCCGUGGGUGACUUCUUCGCAGGUUCCAUCAAUGGCCAUAGACGACACAGGUCAAGAUCAACCACUAGUCGGUCGUCUAUGUACACGCAGACAACGACAACCGUCGAUAGCAUGAAGUCUUCCCAUCGCUCUAGCACGACAGCGGCGACGACUAUUUCCUCCAUGGACGACGAUGCAUCUUUCUUUGCAUCUCGUUCUUCCAAAGGGAAGACAGUAUCAAGGCGGACAAAGUCGCGCACUGGCUCUCCUUCAGACUCUGAUCGCGGCUCGCCUGGUCGGAAUGGUUCUCGUCCUCAGUCAAGAGCUUCGUCAAGAGGCCCUGACUCGGAGUACAGCGACGUCGACGAUGAUGACAACACUAUCCUCGCUAGGUCAAAAGAUAUCGGGUCAUCGGACUAUCAGCUGGCCAUGCAGUUGGAGCUCGCGCGUCAAAAUAGCCUGAAUCAACAUGGAAAACGACUGGCUCCAAUGCAAAUCGAUGCACCUGUUGAGGCGACCAUCUAUGAAGAAGAACCACCUGACCCCGUACGGCCAUCGUCAAGGAUGUCUAAGGAUAUAAGUAUGCAGCGUUCUCUGACUCCCGGACAGGAGGACUCCAGCAAACCAACGGAUUCUCCACCAAGAGCGUCGAGGUCCUUGGAGCAACCCUCUUGGGACCGCCGGCCCACAGGACCUCGCAGUCCGUCUCCUUUACCACUAAAGAGCCCUCGAUCCCGUCGUCCAGAUGUCGACCUUCCCUCUAUGGAUGAUGAGCUCGCGAUGGAGUCAAGAACUAGUCAACCACUGUCCUCCUCUCUCCCUCCCACUAGUCACAUCAAUCCCGCCUCCGCCAUUCCUCGAAGCAUGAGACAGCCAUUUUACCCCACUGGAAACUUGGAUUCGACACCGAAGCCCAGUACGAUGAAUAGCUCUGUUUCAUCAGCGACACCAGUUGAGCCUUUGUCAAUCAAGAAAAAGACAUCGGUCCGGACGUCAGGUCUCCCUCCAGGUUCCCCAACACCUGCAAGGAGGAGUCACAUGAAGAACUCUCCCCUCAGUCGGUCUCUAAAUCGAGUUGUGUCACCACGUAAAGUGUCACCACAGAUAAGGAAACACAAAGCAACAUCAAGCUCCGGUGCCUUUGGCGCCGAGAUCUUCGAAGAGGUGCAGCACCUAUGUGUCUCUACGAAAGAAGAUAUCGAAUCCUCCCGGCGUUCGGUCAAGCGAAUUAAGAUUGAAACCGACGCCUUCAAGCCACCCACCCAGGGCUCAAUAGGUUCCAUCGAAGAGCUCUACGCAAGACCCUCAUCGCCGGAGAAAAUCUCUCGCAUUCCCCCACCCCAAGCAAGUGUUGCUAUGACCAAAGCCGCCCAAGAGCGAAUGGAGGAAAUGAGGAACCUCCUCAAACACAGACAGGCCGGUGAUGGCACGCCUCGGAAUAGACCACGAGCAGGCAGUCUUUUUGACACUCCCACUCGGACACCGCCAGGAACAGAUGUCGCAAGCUUCACCCGUUCUAUUGGUAUUUUGGUUACCGAAGCGGACAAAGACCUCGUCAAAGCUCAAGCUAGCCAAGACGCACUUCAAAAAGAUCUAGCGCGUUUGGCGGCUGAGUUCAAAGAGCGUGCGACUGAGCUGGAGAGAACAAGGCUCGACCUGCAAAACUCGAGACGGCAGUGUGAGUUGGUGAAAAGUUUAUUAGCCGAUGCUACUGCGGAGAAGGAGAUCAUGUACGAGGCAUUCAACGAAGAGCUAGAUGGCAUGUACAACGACGCCAACUUGCCUGAUGAUGAAGCAUGGCAAGCAAUGUCGAGGGAUCUUCGUCAAACGAAGGAGGCAAGGAAUAAGCUGUCUCGCGAGAACUCGCAACUAAAACGCAAGUUGGCGGAAGAGGAACUUGAGAAAGAAGAGUGGGGCGAUCUUCUGCGGGCGCACGGACUUAUAUCUUAA